CGAUAUAUUUUGAUCAUCUGGAUUUGUUUUGCAUUGAAAAUUGUAAAAUUUGAGCCAAUUUAUAAGUGUGCGUUUGGUUUGUUCGACAUAUUAUUUGUAAAAAAAAUUCAGUCAGUUGAAUAUGGCAGACAGUGAUACUGACAGCAGCUCAUCUAGCAAUGGGAGUGAAAGUGGAACUUCUUCAUCAAAUUCAUCGUCUUCUGCUGAUUCGGCACCAAGUCCAAAGCAAUCGCCUGAAAAAAAAAGUUCAGAACUUAUGGAGAAUGGAAAGGAUUGUGAUACCACGUCAUUAACUUUGUUACAAGAAAAAAAUUCUACAAAAACAGGCGAUGAUUGUUCAGCUGAGGAAGUUCAUGUAAAAAAUUGUGAAAAGCGACAGGAUAAUGAUGAAGUGAGGUUAACGAACAUAUCAAAUUCCACAAGUUCUGAAAGAAAAGAAGUGUUGAGCGAUUCCAACGUUGCGGAUAAAUGUGAAACAACGGAAAAUAAAACGGCGGGAGAACUUGAAGAAGGAGAAUUGAGUAAUAAUGAUGAAAAUGCUAAAGUAGUCAACGACAAGGUAAAAGAAUCAGAAGAGUUAGAAGAAUCGAAUAGAAGUACCAAGACAGCAGUUUCAGUUCCUGUUAAAAACAUUGAUGAAACCUACAAGCAGGACAAACUUACCGAAAGAAAACUGGACUCAAAUGUCAUCAAAAAUUCAAAUUCUGAUGAAAAAGAUAAAAUGCCGAAAACAAAAGACGUACGUAGUACUAACAAAUCCCGUCGACGAUCACGAUCCCGUUCCCGAGAUCAAACAAAAUCAUCUAGACGUAGCCGUUCUCGUAACCGCUCUGUUUCUAGGCAACGCUCACGAUCUCGUUCGCGUAAACGAUCUCGUCGGUCAGUAUCCUUAGAAAGACGACAAGAAGAACGUAAGAGGCGUCAUGCGGAACGUGAGCGCUAUGAAAAUGAAGAUCGACAGAAAAAACGGAGAGAGAGAGGUAAAAGCCUUAGCGUUGAAAAUUCGCCCAAACGUAAUAAACUGUCACCAAAUCGCAAAGAUAAAGCCGAUAAUAAAAAUGAUGAAAAUGACAAUGCUACGGUCACUGACCCAAAAGCAAAAAUUACCGAACGCCAACGACGCACCGUAGACCUUUUAACAUCACGUACAGGUGGUGCUUAUAUACCACCGGCUAAGUUACGUAUGAUGCAAGCCGAAAUAACCGAUAAAGCUUCAGCUGCCUAUCAGCGCAUCGCAUGGGAGGCACUGAAGAAAUCCAUCCACGGUUAUAUCAACAAAGUGAAUGUAGACAAUAUAGCUAUUAUAACGCGCGAACUACUAAAGGAAAAUAUUGUGCGUGGUCGUGGUCUACUUUGCCGUUCCAUUAUACAAGCGCAAGCAGCAUCACCAACAUUCACACACGUCUAUGCAGCUUUAGUAUCUAUAAUAAAUUCGAAGUUCCCAAAUAUAGGAGAAUUAUUACUUAAGCGCUUGGUUAUACAAUUCAAACGCGCAUUUCGGCGCAAUGAUAAAGCGGUUUGCUUAUCAUCGUCACGUUUCGUUGCUCAUUUGGUGAAUCAACGUGUGGCACACGAAAUUCUCGCUUUGGAGAUACUAACACUGUUGGUGGAAACACCUACGGACGACUCUGUGGAGGUGGCUAUUGCCUUUCUAAAAGAAUGCGGCAUGAAGUUGACUGAGGUUUCGUCGAAAGGCAUCGGUGCUAUCUUUGAAAUGCUGAAAAAUAUACUACACGAGGGUAAAUUAGAUAAACGCGUGCAGUAUAUGAUUGAAGUAGUAUUUCAGGUACGAAAAGACGGCUUUAAAGACCAUCAGUCCAUAAUUGAGUCGUUAGAGUUGGUGGAAGAAGAUGAUCAAUUUACACAUUUGCUAAUGUUGGAUGAGGCCACAAAUCCAGAAGAUGUUUUAAAUGUCUUCAAAUUCGAUGACCAAUACGAAAAUAAUGAAGAGAAAUACAAAGGUCUUUGCAAAGAGAUAUUGGGAAGUGACGCAAGUGGUAGUGAGAGUGGUUCAGGAUCUGGCAGCGACUCGGAAAGUGGCUCUGGUGAUUCAUCAAAUUCGGAAAAUGCAGAGGACGAUGGUCAAAAGACAGCCGGUGACAUUAUCGACAAUACAGAGACCAAUCUAAUCGCUUUACGCCGCACAAUUUAUCUGACAAUAAACUCCAGUCUCGACUAUGAGGAAUGUGCGCAUAAAUUGAUGAAGAUGCAGUUGAAGCCAGGACAAGAGAUCGAACUUUGUCACAUGUUCCUCGAUUGUUGUGCUGAACAACGAACAUACGAGAAAUUUUACGGCUUAUUAGCGCAAAGAUUUUGUGCCAUUAACAAAAUCUAUAUUGCACCUUUUGAAGAGAUAUUCAAAGAUACUUACCAAACAACGCAUCGUUUAGACACAAAUCGCUUACGCAAUGUGAGUAAAUUUUUCGCACACUUGCUAUUUACGGAUGCCAUUGGUUGGGAUGUGUUGGAGUGUAUUAAGUUAAAUGAAGAUGACACGACUUCUUCGAGUCGUAUUUUUAUAAAGAUUCUCUUCCAAGAGUUAGCCGAAUACAUGGGACUUGGGAAACUGAACAUUAAACUGAAAGACGAAGUCCUAACGGAAAGUUUGGCAGGACUAUUCCCUAAAGAUAAUCCCAGAAAUACACGUUUUGCUAUUAACUUUUUCACUUCGAUUGGCUUAGGCGGUUUAACUGAUGAAUUGAGACAAUUUUUGAAAAACGCACCGAAAUCAGUGCCGGCCAUCAAUGCUGAAAUUUUGGCAGUUAAGCCAGAAGAGAGCAGCUCUUCAAGCUCAUCAUCUUCUACCGCGAGCUCAUCAAGUUCAUCAGAAAGCAGUUCCUCCAGUUCUAGCGAAUCGUCAGACUCAAGUGAUUCAGAAGAUGAAAAACGAAAGAAGAAAAAACGUAGUAAAGCAAAAACAAAUACAAAGAAAAGCAACAGCCGGGAUACCAAAAGAGACAAGGUAAAGCUAAAGGCUGAUUCAAGAAAGAGAAAAACCAAGAAAAUCAGCUAUAAUGACAGUAGCAGUGAUUCUGAUGAUUCAACUGACUCCAAGAGCAGUGCAAGCGAUAAUGAGAGUAGCAGCGCAAGUAGCAGUAGCACUGACGAUAAUAAGCGUAAGCGUCAACGAAAAAGCAGUACUAAAAAGUCCAAAGAUUCUUCCAGCAAGUCAAAGAAAAAGUCGAGUACAGUAAAUGAAGACAAACUGGAAAAAGUGAAACGAAAUGUGCGAAAUGACGACGAGCAAAGUAAGACAUCGCAUAAAACUAAAAAAAAUAAAAAGGACAAAUUGAAAAGGAAUGAACGUAUGGAGGAUGAGAAGAGUAGAAACGAUGAACGAUAUGCUGACAAGCAUAUGGAGCAAAGACGGCGUAGAGAUAAGUCACCUUCAGACAGAGCGCGGGAAGAUAAAGAACAGAUACGUGAGCGUAGAGAACGUGCCAAAGAGCGUGUUCAUUAUUCUGAUGAAGACCGUCGUAAGGAUCGCGAGAGCAGACGUCAACGCAGCCGUAGCCGCAGUCGCAGCCGUGAACGCAGUCGUAAAGACCGUAAUUAUUAUGACAAACGUAGUGUACGUUCGAUGCGUAAUGGUUCAAAGGAACGCGGAUAAUCGUUUAAGUUAAAUGAAACAAUAGGCUUCAAUAGGCUUGCGACCUAAUGUGAACUUUUUAUGUUAAAAAACUGAUAUUGUACAAGUCAAGAAAUAUUUUGAAAAAAGUA